ACAGUGGUCUAGAGCAUUACCCGCAGGUACUAGGCCGUCUGGCCGAUAUGGACAUUCAUUGAAUAUUGUAGGAUCAAAAAUUUAUAUUUUUGGUGGCCAAGUGGAAGGAUAUUUCAUGAAUGAUCUCUCUGCGUUCGACUUGAAUCAAUUGCAAAUGCCAAAUAAUCAGUGGGAAAUCUUAAUCAAAAGUUCCGAGAAUGGAGUUACACCGAACGGCAAGGUGCCCCCUGCGAGAACCAAUCAUUCUAUGAUCACUUAUAACGAUAAGAUGUACCUUUUUGGCGGAACGAACGGCUUCCAAUGGUUUAAUGAUGUUUGGUGUUAUGACCCUCCCACGAAUAAAUGGUCCCAGUUGGAUUGUAUUGGGUACAUACCAUCACCACGAGAGGGCCAUUCAGCCGCCCUUAUAGAAGAUGUCAUGUACAUUUUCGGUGGCCGGACUGAAGAGGGGACUGACCUUGGAGACCUGGCUGCUUUUCGGAUUACCUCACGCCGCUGGUAUACUUUCCAGAAUAUGGGUCCGACGCCCUCGCCUCGAUCUGGCCACAGCAUGACCGCUGUGGGAAAGUCUAUUGUUGUAGUCGGAGGUGAACCAAGCUCCGCCACGAACCAAGUCAACGAUCUUUCUCUUGUCUAUGUUCUUGAUACGACUAAAAUUCGCUAUCCUAACGAUGCGCAAAUACAGUCUAAUACACAAAAGCUGCAGCAAGCCAGGAGACCAAGCGGAGAAUCUGCUUCAGGUCGUGGACCACCAUCAAGGGAGGGAUCAAACGGGCCAGAUCCGAAGAGACUUGCUGGUGGCCCGGCCAGUCCUACUAGUCGGGGGCCGAGCGGAGCAGAUAUGAGCGGGCCUCCUGUUAGCAAUGGAAUAUCAAAACUUCCACGCGCAGCAGGUACUUCAACACCUUCUGGCCCACCACCACAAGGACAACCCCCACGGCCAACCGUUGAUACGAAUAGCGCAGCCCGGCGAAUGCGUAAUACUUCAAUCGAACGCAUAGAACGAGAAGCGGCUGCGGUUGGCCCGGCUUCCGCAGGUAGCCUAACACAAUCCCCUAUCUCUCGAGAAGCUGUCAAAGAAGAGACUCCAGCCGUUAAUGGCCGUAGGACACCAAACCAGCAACCUAGAAGCGGCUCAAGCACUGAUGUCGUUGCCUCUGACCCAUCCAAGUCUAAACCAUCUCGCCAACCUCGUGGUCAAGGUUCGGUUGACAGUAAUACCGAACCCACUAUAAGAAGUGCCACGAAUCGGCCUUCGUCACCACCGCCACCAACUCGUCAAACAAGCAAUCCUUUGUCGCGGAGAGGCUCUAACAGGAAUUCACAGACAGUCGCGUUAUUGAAGGAGCUGGAUUCUGCGCGCAAUCGAAACGCAUGGUAUGCCUCAGAACUUGAACUAGCCCGCAAGUCCGGGUACACGUCUAAUGCCUCGUUGAGCCCUGCACUUGAAGGGCGAGGGGCUGAGACGUUUGACGACGACGAUAAACCUUUGAUCGAAGCCCUUUUGGCCAUGAGACAAGAGCUGGCUAAUGUUCAGAGCUCUGUAGACAAGCAAGCUGUUUUAGCGGCAAAGCAGAUUGCUGAGGCAGAAAGACAACGGGAUGCCGCAAUCCGAGAAGCUGUCUAUGCUAAGGCGAAAAUGGCUGCGCAAACCGGGGGUGUGGUGAGCACAUCGCAGACUGAGACUGACCGCAGUGCCGAUGCCAGCGAUCACGGCGCUGAAAUGAGUCGUAAGCUCGCUGCAGCCUUGAAUCUACAAAAAGAAUUUCAGAACAAUAUGUCGCGUGGUGCGUCUGAUCUUGCGGCAGAGAAGCGUGCACGACAACUCGCGGACGAAACCCUUAGCGCAGCCCAAAAGCGGAUGGCAGAGUUGGAAUCAUAUAAGCAUGAAACUUCUUCUGAAAUUGAACGAUUAAGGGCUGAGCUGCACAUUUCCCAACGCGAAGCUCGGGAGCAAUCUGUCCUCGCAGCCGAUGCCGUUGCGGCUACGAAUCUGUUGCGCAUUGAGAAAGACGAGUUCGAGGCCAAGUAUAAAUCGAUGGCUGAGAACAGCGAGGAAAGGGAGGCAUUGGAUUCAUUGCGCAAAGCUAUUGCCAUGUCAACUGAUAUUAGAAAUCAUCUUGAGCGGAAAUACGACGAAGAGCGAUCUCAACGGGAGGCCGCAGAGUUGAAACUAAACCAACUUAGGACUGAGCAUGAGGCAAGCACAACUGAGCUAACAGCAGUCAGCCAGAGGUUACGAGAUGCUGAAGAGCUCGCUGAACGUAGCGCGGCUGAGGCACAGGCCCAUCGCGAGGCAGUACUUUCUGGACUAGAGAAACUUGCAGGUGACCCAAGCAAGGUUAGCCGAGCUGAUGCAGAACGUAUCGUUGUCCUUCAAGCUCAAGUCGGCGAAGCCAACGCCCUCGUCAAGAAGUACCAGCAGGAGGCUGAUACUGCUGCUGAUAAGCUUCGUAGUGCUGAAGAGCGUAUUGCUGGACUCGAAGCCUAUCAAGAGCAAUCCAGUAGGGAGGGUGUCACUAUUCGCAGACAGCUACAGUCCGCCCUUAGGGAUACUCAGUCAUUACAGGCUCUUAAUUCGGAUCUCAAGAACCAACUAGCAAAUCAGCAGCUCGAAACCAACGCUAUGACUGUGCAAUAUAACACACUCAAGAAUAUUCUAGAGGAGAGAGGCAUUAGCCCUACAGGGCUCUCUCGUGUGCGAGGUAUAGGAGCCCGUACGGACUCUCCAGAUGUGACUCGCGCUGCAGAACUUGAACGGCAACUCGCCGAAGCAGUUGCAACACACGAGCAGGCAAAACAGACUUUCAUGGCUCAGGCACAGGAGAGUGAAGCAGCUUAUCGUGAACGCAUAGUGCAGCUCGAAAAUGACUAUCAAUCUGCUGUACAUUAUGUCAAAGGCACUGAGAAGAUGCUAAAGCGGAUGAAGGAAGAGUUGGCUAAGUCCAAAGCCGACAAUACGCGUCUGAAGAACGAGAAUUUCGAUCUUGAAGCACGAGUGGGUGCUUCGGACAACUCAGCUGCAGCUGAAUGGGAAGCGGAACGUUCGACCUUAGAAGCCAAGGUACAGGCGCUGGAAGACGAGAUGAAAGCGUCCUCAGUACAGCUUGAGAAGCGACUUGCCGAGUUGCAGAAAGAACUUGACGUCGUCAAAAAAGAACGUGACACUGCCACAGAGUCAACAAGAAAAUGCUUUAGUCGAGAAACGGGCCCAGGAGGCUGAAGAAAAGGUCAGUCUUCUCCUUGACCAAGUUGGGACUUCGGUAGG